AUAGUAUUGUGGACCAAUGCAUUUAAAUUUUUUCGAGUCAUUGAUUUAGGUUUUCAAUAUAAAGUAACCUUUUCCCGAUCAUUAUUUAUAGUUGAAAGUAACAUUGCUAUAUUUGACAGGAAGAUUAAUUUUUAAAUUCUCGUAUAUUUAUUUGAAUGUUUAAUAAUUUGUGAAAUUAUUUUGCAGAUCGAUAAAUAAAAGAUCAUUAAAGAUUGUGGUUCAGUCAUUUUAAAUACGAUUUACAAAUCAAACGACGGGAUAGUAUAUGACUUGUAAUGUAACUGAGCAAAAAAUGGAAAUGAAAAUAUUUUUGUUUUAAAAUUCCAAUUCAUGUGACCAGUAUUAUCUAUUAUCGUAGAAAUUUAAGAACGAUAUGAAUUUCGGAAUAGAGCAUUUAUACCACGAUGCAGACAUUUCGAGCAAUUUUACUUCAUUGGAUGCGAAAGAAAAAAUGAGAACUAGACAAGCACAUGCUAGAGAGGAAAAACAACUGAAACGGUUUAAUACAACAUUGCAACGUGCACAUACUGUGUUGAUAAAGAGACAAGAUUGGGAGAAAAAUAAUAUUCAACAGGAAUUGCACAUUAUAAAACUUAAAACUCCCUCCCUUGAUAAAGGAUUAAAAAAAGAAGAAGAGGCUGAACUAAUAAAAAGAACGAGGAAACUUCCCGCUAUUACGAAAUCAAGUAACUCUUUAGUUAAAUCUAAUUUUAGUGACAGUUCUUCAAAUGGAAGCACAACUCACAGAAGCAAUUCAUUUCGACGACACGGAACUAUAACUUCAGUGGAUUUGAGAUAUACGGCGGAAGUAAACUUUAUGCCAUCAUUGGAAACAAAUCCUCCGAUAGACGUAGUUACUGUUUAUAUGAAAAAAGCAGAUGUGGUGACAAGAAAUUUACAUCGGCUUUACAAACGUAAACAGGAAAGAAAUUCUUAUAUAAAAGAAGCUGUUAAAAUCAUAAGACAAAAUAAUAGCGCCUUGUUAGACGAGGCAAAGUUAUAUACUCGAAAUAAAGAAUUACUCAAGGAUUUAGAAUUGUACAAACAAAAACAACGGUCGACAUCCGAAAAGACUAACGACAGGGAAAUACGGGAUAUCGAUGAAGCGAGUACUUCCGUUACUUUUGAAGUUAAUAAUAAAGAUGAUAACUCUAUAAAUAAAGAGUGUAAUAUUGUAAAUAAAGAGGGUAAUAUUAAAAAUAAAAAGGAUAACAUUCGAAAUGCAGAAGGAAACGUUAAUAGUGAUCAGGUUAUCAUAGAGGAUAGUACUAUUUCUAGUGAAGUAGUCCCUUCUGACAUUAGAGAUGACAUAACAGUGCUUCCUGACGUAGAGCCAGCUUCAUCUGUGGUUGCAAAUCCAUCAGAGAGUGACACUGACAUCGAUGACAAAAAUGCAAAAUGGACCGAUAUUUUUAAAAUUCCAGAGAUGUGGAAAGUAUUUGACGGUAGGAAAAAAGUAAAACAAAUUACAAAGCCACCUCCUCCAGCGUUAGUGACUCUCAGAGGAAAGCUAAGGAAAACAUUGUUGAGAUAGUAAAUGUUUGUUUUAAUUAUCAUGUUGAAUCUUAAGAAAUCAAUGACAUUGAAAAAACGUGAUACAAUGUCAAUUUUGAAUGACUUUUUCAAUAUUUAUAUUGUUUGAAAAAAAAAGUUAGUCUUAUGAAAAUGACAGGAUAAUCUUUAAUUUACUUAAUCUGUCGAUAUUAAAAUACUUAAAGUAUACACAAAGAUAUCAACAUAUAUAUAUAAUGUUCAGAAGGGGUAUUUAAAAAAAUACCAGUCGAGAGAAGGUAUCCAGGAUGGUAUUUUCGUAAAAAUAUUUCUUCUGAAUAUGGUAUAUCUGCUUAAUAACAGUGAAUAGACUUCAGUCAAAAUGCAAAUUUAAUUCCAUUAUUCUUUUGGUAAACAAGAUGUUAACAAAAACAGCACAAAUGAGUAAGCGUCUCGGUGAAGGGUAAAUAAGGCAUGUAUGUUUUGGCAGAUACGACAGAGAGGAUAAAAGGGCAUACAUAUCCUUUUGAAUUUAUCCCGGCGCCGAGGGUGAAAUAUGAAUCAAGUUCAUCUGGAAAAAGAAAAUAGUGAAAUCAAAUUGGCCGUCAACCAAUCAAAACUCUUAUAUGAGGUAUGAUUAUUGACAUAAACAUUCUUAGCAAUUGGCAGAGUUCAGGGUAAUAUGUAUAGACAUAAUUAUCAGGCUUAAUGGCACAUCUUUAUUAAAAUUUUAAAAUCAAAUUAUAAUUUUGGCUGUUCUAUUUAUGUACUUUUAUUUUUGUGCUCUCUAACAAGUAUAGGGUUGGCUUUCCAAAUUUGAUGAAGUUUUUUUUUUGGCAAGAAUCACGUGUAGUGCGCACGGAAACCAUAUCAUACCUUUUGAAAUUCAAAGAAUGUUUUAUUCUUGGUACCCUCAUUAUUGUUAUUUUGUUAUUUGUAAUAUAAUCAUCAUAAUUAUUGUUAUUACUUAGCAACAUAUUUCAUUAAAAAAAGUUAGCGUGCAAUGAUAUAUCAUAGUGCACUAUUGCGAAUAAAGCUUCAAAUUAGUGACGUCGUCAGUAAUAGAAAUGUGUUUAAAACAAGAUAUUUUAGGCAUGCUUUGCAAUAACCCUAUAUUAGUAUUAUUAAAUUAAUUGAUUGAUUGAUUGAUUGCUUGUUGUUUGCUUAACAGCCUGUGGAAAAUAUUACAUGCAUGUUCAGGAUGAGAACGAAUCAAAAAUACAAUGAGGAAACUCUCCACCAGAAACUAAAUGACGUAGAAGUUAGAAACUAUAGGUCACCGUAUGGCCUUCGACUAUGAGCAAAAUCUAUACCACAUAGCAAGCUAUAAAAUGCCCUGAAAUGACAAAUGUAAAACAAUUGAAACGAGAAAACUAACGACCUGAUUUAUAUACAAAAAAAAUAAAUAUGUUGGUGAGGGUUGUUAGUUGCCUUCUGAAUUAGUUUUGUCGUAUGCUUUCUGUCUCAUUGAUAUUUAUCCAUUCUCCUUUUAAUCAUAAAUAAAAAAUAAUAUAGUAUACUCGAGAACAGUGAUAGAUUUUCCUGUAGUCUGCUACCUUUUCAGCCAACACUAAAAGAUCGACUUAGGUUUCUAGCUCUAAUAAAAAGUAUAAUAUAUUUGUAUCACAUCGGCAUUAUGUCGUCAUGAAUAUAUAUGUAUAUAUGUAAUAUUUGACGAUGGACGCUAAAUAGCAAUAAAUGAAUCAAUAAGUAACUA